AAAAAAGGCGUAGGGACUGGGGAGGAAAUUGAAAAGGGAGUUGAGAAUUUGUGAAGAAGUUCCCCUUAUUUUACUGGUAGCUAUAAUUAGUAAUUAGUAUUUCCAACUGGAGACAGCUUUCCCGUUCAGCUCGAAGAAUUCUGAUUGCGGGUGUCUCUUUUGUCUUCGUUUCGCUUUUCCCGCAACUCAUCUCUCUCUCUCUCUAGAUCGCCACCGCUCUCAAUCCCAUUCUUCUUGCUAUACCGUGGAGGAGGCUUUGAAUUAAUUCUGAUGAAAUAUGGACUCCUCUGCUCAACUGGAGGUUGUGCAGGCAAUUAACUCAGAGACAGUAAGCUGAUUUGGUUCUCUCUCUCCUCAAGAAGGGUGAAAUGAAGAAGGCGUUUGGUCAAACUGUUCGCGAUCUUAAGAGAGAAGUCAACAAGAAAGUUCUUAAAGUUCCUUCGAUUGAACAGAAGGUUCUCGAUGCAACUAGCAAUGAGCCAUGGGGCCCUCAUGGGUCACUUCUAGCUGAUAUUGCUAAUGCGUCAAGAAAUUAUCAUGAGUAUCAGAUGAUCAUGUCGGUUAUCUGGAAACGUACAAACGAUACUGGGAAAAAUUGGCGGCAUGUAUACAAGGCGUCGCCGGCUCUGCCUCUGCUGGAGGCCUUGACAGUUUUAGAGUACUUGGUAGCCCACGGGUCAGAACGCGUCAUAGAUGACAUCAAAGAACACGCAUACCAAAUAUCUACAUUGUCCGAUUUCCAAUAUAUCGAUUCCAGUGGGAAAGACCAGGGGAGUAAUGUCAGAAAGAAAUCUCAGAGUCUUGUAGUGCUGGUUAAUGAUAAGGAAAGAAUACAAGAAGUUCGACAGAAGGCUGCUGCUAAUAGAGACAAGUACCGAAGUAUCCCAGCAGGUGGUACGUAUCGUCCUGGCUCCGGAGGGUAUGGAGACAGAUAUGACGAUGACCGAUAUGGAAACAGAGAUGAUGACCGUAAUAGCUAUGGGAGGGAGAGAGAAUGGGGUUCAAGAGAUGAUGAUAGAUAUGGCCGUGAUGGGGACAGGUAUGGUAAAGAUUAUGAGGAGCGUUCUGGCCGAGAUGGAUACAGGGACGAUGACUACAGAGGGAGAGGGCAAAGCACCAAUGAAUAUAAUUAUGGGUCAAGAAGUAGAAGUGCUGAUCGAGAUAGGAGUCGCUCAAGUGAGGAUGAUGGCCAAUACUCUUCCAGAGGAAGUGGUGCCAAAGCUGAUGAUCAGUCUCAAGAUGGAAGUUCUACUGCCAGGAGUCUUGACCGUAAAUAUUCUGGGCAAAGCUUUGGUGUACCUCCUAGUUAUGAGGAUGCUGUUGGUGCUAGCCGCAGUCCACCUUAUAGUGAAAGAACGUUUGUGAAUUUGAAGCGUACAAAUUUCCUCUCGACUGCCCCAGUUACAUCCAAUGGUGCUAUAUCUGCUACUUCUGCUGCGGACAUGGACCUACUGGGCUCUUUGUCCGAAUUUGCUCUUGUGCCUGUUAGUCAGCCCACCUUGACUCCUGAAGCUAAUGCCUCUUUGGACUUCAGUUCUGGACCUGCAAACCCAGCUGCUGCAUCACCGGAAGCCACAAUCAAUAAUCAGGCAUUUGAUGAUCCUUUUGGAGAUGGUCCAUUUAAAGCUAUUCCUUCAGCCGAUAGUUUAUCAACUCAACAAGAGAUCCCUGCAUCCACUAACGCCUUCCAUACAACAAACUUGGGCCACAGCAUCGAUGUGCCUCAACAAGUUCCUCCUCACAAGGCAGCAACAGAAUUCGGAAGUAAUCCAUAUGAAGUAACUUACAUGACAUCAGGCCCUUCUGGCGGCACACAGUUUGUGAAACAGGAGCUAUCUAAUCCGAGCCAGGAACUCGAUAUAUUAGCAGACAUUCUUCCACCAUCCGCACCUUCAUCUUUUGCCAGCUCACAACCCGGAUAUCAGCUUCCACCACAGACUGGUUUUCCUCAAACUGAUGAAGCUCCACCACAGACUGGUUUUUCUCAAACGGGCCCACAACCCAGCAAUUUGCAAGCACAAAGCGGCCUUCCUUCUGGUUUUCCUAAUCAAUUUGGCCAGCUUUCUUCUUCACAAACCGGUUACCCUCUUCAGUCAACAUCAUCCUUUCCACAAACCGGUUUUCCGACUCAAGGCAUGGCUUUGUCCUACCCAAUUCAAGGUGGGCAACCACCACAGAUGGGUUUUCAACCUCAAAGUGGCCCCACACAGCCAAAUCCGAGUUUCUAUGGAGCGUACAAUUCACAGCCUGCGUCUACAGGUCCAGUUGGUGGAUACAUGGCUCCUCCUGCUCAGAAUAAUUUUCUGUCACAGUUGGGAGGUUCUGCAGCUCUCAGUUCGAGCAACCUCUUGGGCCCAACAUCCAUUAAUACAUCUUCAACCGGGUCUACUUCUGCUAUAGCUCCUCAACCAUCGAAAGACAAGUUUGAGACAAAGUCCACUGUAUGGGCCGACACUCUCAGCCGUGGACUCGUCAAUUUGAAUAUAUCCGGACCUAAGACAAAUCCACUGGCUGAUAUUGGAGUUGAUUUUGACGCAAUAAACCGGAAAGAGAAAAGGAUGGAGAAGCCAACAGCAGCAGCAGCAGCAGUAACAUCUACAGUGACGAUGGGGAAGGCCAUGGGUUCUGGUUCUGGCAUGGGACGUGCAGGUGCAACUACCCUCAGGCCUCCGGCAAAUCCAAUGAUGGGUCCCGUGGGCAUGGGAGGCUAUGGAGUGGGUCAACCAGCUGGGAGAGGAAUGGGAAUGGGGAUGAAUAUGCCUGGCAAUAUGGGUAUGGGAAUUAACAUGAGUGUAGGCCAAGGAAUUAACAUGCAACCACAGAUGGGGGCUCUUCCUGGAUCUACCAUGCCUGGAGCUUAUAAUCAUAUGGGAAAUGGAGUUUACGGUCAACAGCCCUAUGGUGGGGGCUAUCGAUGAGCGUGGAAUCUGUGGUAAUCGAUAAGCUGGUAUUGCCAGUUUUUAUUAUAUAAGGAAAAUGAGUCACCCAUAAUAGGUGAUUUUACUUACAAUUGGAAUUAUAUAAGAUUUCAAUCUAUACAAAGCGUCGUCUGUUUGCUUUUGAUUUUUCUUGCUGCCUGUGUGUAGAAUGUUUGUGUAUUCAUUGUUUCAGGGUUUUUUUGUUUACAGUUUACCUGUGCAAUUUUUGGGUCACCAUGAGCUCUAGGUGCCCCUUACUUCUUAUCUGUUUAAAUGAGAUCUUGUAUAUUAUAAACAAAUUUCAAGGGCGACCUUUUUAGGUUUGCCCUUUUUUGUUAUGACUGACUACGUCCAGUCUGAGGAAUUGAACGAAUACAUUUAAUAGAUUUCAGCAAUUGAUUUCUUUUGAAGUCUUUUUUUUAUUGUUUUGUUUUGGCUUCAUCUAUAGUAAGUACGUG